AUGGGUUUGAUAUCGUAUUACUGUUUGCUGGUGGUCGUUUUUAUCGCUUUGAUCAUCUAUGAUCUUCUAUUUUAUACUACAUAUUAAAAUGACGUUUGUCCACCAAUUGAGUAUACUGAUGCUACGGCUGAUGAAACUACUGCUGAUGAGAAUGCUGCUGGAAAUCGAUUAUUAAAUCUGAUGGAUAAGAAUAUGGAUGAAUUUGUCAACUCUUAACUUGCAGCCCAAGAUGAAACAACAACAGAUGAAACAACAACAGAUGAAACAGCAACUGAUGAGGCAACUACUUCAUCAUCAACAUUUGCAAAUCAAUUAGUAACAUUACCUUUCAUUAUUAUCUUACUUUAUUGCGGAGUGAUUGGUUUAAUUAUCUUAGCAAUGUUAGGUAUUUACUGCUUUGGCAAGAUGCCUAGUGAGAGAUUUGGGAAUUUAAAUAUGUGUUGGGCUUGUUUGGGUAUCUAUGUAAGAAAUUUUGCCGUUUUGACUAGAUUGUUAUCUUGGGUUGGGAUCUUAUUAAUGGCUAUUCAUGCUAUCAUAACUAUAACGAAUGAGGAGUGUUAAGAUGCGGUCCAUGAAUACAAAUAAAAUAGGAAGAUUUAUCGUGUGGAAGGGGCUAUGUAUGAUUCAUCUAUUCUCUUAAUAAUUGUCAACUUAUGUUUUUGGGGAGCAACUCAUUGUCUUUUGCCCUCUCUGAAACUAUUCAUUGAUGCAGAAUCCUUCUUGUAUGAACCGUUUGAUAGAACCAAAGGUUUAGCCUACUGGUUCUGUUGUAUUAUGCUUGGGCCUUGA